UAUCUACGGACGGCUUGCUUCUCUACUAUUAUUCUCUAAAGCUUUUUUGCGUUAUUGACCUCAAGAAAAACCAGAGCAAAAUGUUUGUUGGGUACCUUACUCCAUUGUUGCUUUCCCUUGCUGUUCUUGUUCAUGGACAACUCCAAACAGGAUUCAUAAGCAUUGAUUGUGGGUCACCUGUGAAUUUCAACUUCGUAGACGUUGACACGGGUAUAAGUUAUACACCAGACGGAGCUUACGUAAGCACUGGGAUCAACAACAAUAUUUCUUCUGAGUAUGCUUACCCAAACAAUCCAAAUCUAGCUUAUCCACUUUCAGAUCUUAGGAGUUUUCCAGAUGGUAACAAGAAUUGUUACACCUUAACACCUGCAGCAGCAAAGGGCAGCUUAUAUUUGCUUAGAGCCUCUUUCUUGUAUGGAAAUUAUGAUGGUGAAGAUAAGCUCCCAGAAUUUGAUCUUUAUCUCGAUGCUAAUCUGUGGUCGUCGAUCAAAUUCGGUAAUGCCUCUGAUGUCAUAACGACGGAGAUAAUCAGUGCUUCAGUUUCAGAUACUAUAAGUGUUUGCCUUGUAAAUAAAGGUCUUGGAAUUCCUUUUAUAUCAGCAUUAGAGCUGAGGCCACUAAAUAAUUCAAUUUAUUGUACAGAACUAGGGAGCCCUGUGUCAUUAGUACUCUUUGAAAGAUUCGACAUCGGGUAUACAAAAGGAACUGGUCGAUACAAUGAUGAUAUUUACGAUCGCAUUUGGUCUCCCUACAACUCUCCUUCAUGGAACAUAGUUAGCACGUCUUCAGAAAUUAACAAUAAUGAAAAUGGAUACAGAGCUCCAUUAGAAGUCAUUAGAACUGCUGCUGUGCCACGUAACGGUAGUGAUCGACUGGAAUUUUCGUGGACAGCUGAUGAUGAUGCUAGCAAAUUUUAUGUUUACAUGUACUUUGCUGAAGUGCAGCAACUUGCAAAAAACCAAACAAGAAAAUUCAAUAUCUCCUGGAAUGGGUCCCUAAUGUUUGGACCUUUAGUUCCUCGCUACCUGUUUGCAGCGACAAUAUCGAACUCAGUAGCCUUUACGGGGAAAGAACAUCACAUUUCAAUUUAUAAAACGGUUGAUGCAAACCUUCCACCUAUUCUGAAUGCCGUUGAGAUUUACAUGGCCAAACAACUGGAUGAAUUGCCAACAUUUUCUGAAGAUGUUGCUGCUGUUCUAAAUAUCAAAACAGCAUAUCAAGUAAAUAAAGGAUGGGUGGGGGAUCCAUGUGGACCAAAGAAUUAUACCUGGGAAGGUCUGGAAUGCAACUACAGUGUUUCACUGCCCCCUCGGAUCAUUUCUCUUUCCUUAAUUUUCAAUGAGGACAGCAACUUGACUUCAAGUGGAUUAAGUGGCAUUAUAUCUGCUUCAUUUGCAAACAUCACAUCAAUGGAGUCCCUGGAUUUGUCAAACAAUCACUUAAGUGGACCAGUUCCCGAGUUUCUGAAAGAACUUAAGUCUCUCAAGUUCAUGAACCUAGAAGGCAACCAACUGUCAGGUUCUGUUCCUACGGAGCUUGUAGAUAGAUCAAAGGCUGGACUACUUACUCUGAGAGUGGAUGAACAGAUUCUUUGUAGCUCGGGUUCAUGCAAAAACAAAAAGAACGUUGUUGUUCCAGUUGUUGCAUCAUUGUUAUCGGCUUUGGUUCUGUGCAUUGCUUUGAUUAUCUUGUGGAGACUACGAAGGAAGCAAAAAUGGGGAAGACCACUGCCAUCAAAGAAUCGGCAGUUUACUUAUGCCGAGGUUUUAAACAUUACUAACAACUUUCAAGAUGUUAUUGGGAAGGGAGGAUUUGGGACUGUGUUUCGUGGAAACAUGAAAGAUGGCACCCAAGUUGCAGUAAAGAUGCUUUCUACUUCAUCAAAACAAGGGUCAAAAGAGUUUCAAGCUGAGGCUGAGCUUCUGAUGAGAGUUCAUCAUAGGAAUCUGGCUUCCUUCAUAGGAUAUUGUGAUGAGGGCAGCAAUAUGGCACUCAUCUACGAGUAUAUGGCUAAUGGAAAUUUGAAGGAUUAUCUCUCAUACAAAAGUUCAAAUCCAUUGAGUUGGGAAAUGAGACUCCGCAUAGCAAUACAUGCAGCACAAGGUUUGGAAUACUUACAUCAUGGAUGCAAACCACCUAUAAUUCACAGAGAUGUGAAAACAGCCAAUAUCCUCUUAAGUGAAAACAUGGAUGCAAAGAUAGCAGAUUUUGGUCUCUCAAGAGCCAUUCCAAGUGACGACCACAGUGAUGUAAUAAUAACUACAGUUAUGGGCACCCCAGGUUAUCUAGACCCAGAGUACUACAAUUCUCGAAAGCUAAACGAGAAAAGUGAUGUGUUUAGUUUUGGGAUAGUGUUGUUGGAGCUGAUCACGGGACAAAAUGCAGUCAUAAAGAAGGAUGAAUCAAUCCACAUAGUUAAUUGGGUUAGCCCUCUGAUUGAAAGAGAGGAUAUAGGAAGUAUUGUUGAUCAAAGACUGCAUGGGGAAUUCGAUGUGAGCUCUGCCUGGAAAGCUUUAGAAGUGGCAAUGGCUUGCACUAGACCUAAGUCCUUGCAUAGAGCUACAAUGAGCACCGUGUUAACUGAGUUAAACCAGUGCUUGGCCAUGGAGUUGUCUCACAAUAGGGAAACAAAGGAAAGGUUCAGUGAAGAGAUUUACAUUGGAUCAUAUAAUUCAUCUGAAGUCUGUUCCACUAGCACUACGUCUUACUCCAUUACUAGACCAUUUGCAAGGUAGCAUUCAUGAAAAAAAAAAUCAUUCAACUUUAGUAUAAUAUCUUGUUUCAAGCAAGUCAAUCAGCCACCAUUACAGU